AUGUCGCUCUCGCUUUGGCAAGUUCCUCGCAUGAUGGAUCGUCUCGUGAACGAUUACAUCCACGAGAUAGAUCGUAGCAUUUUCCCAUACUGGAGGAAUGCCGAUCAUUCUAUGCUGCAUGUUGGCAAUGAUACGCAACAGGUGAUCGACGACGACAAGAAAUUUGCUGUUUCACUGGAUGUUUCACAGUUCCGUCCAGAAGACUUAAAGGUGCACAUCGAUGGCAGAGAACUUACUGUAGAAGGAAAGCAGGAGCACAAGGGUGAACACAGCUUCAUUCACAGAUCGUUCAUCCGCAAAUGGACACUUCCGAAAACCGUAGAUUUGGAUUCAGUGCGUACGCAGCUAAGCGACAAGGGACACCUUUGCGUUCAAGCUCCUAAGACGGACGCGGAAAGACCAAAUAGGAGAAACAUUCCAAUCAUGGCUGCUCCAUCUAAAAUCUAG